ACCUGAUAAAUCAGAGUAGAUUUAAUUCUUUGAAUUUUAAAAUAAUUUAUCUGUCAACAUUUGAAAUGAAUUGGAGCCAUUUUGCCCUGACAGCAGAAGAGGGCUGAGCUUUUAUCUGACGUGUUUUUCUGUCCGGGUUUUUGUUUGUUUCUCUGUGAACUUUGAUCAGUUUAAAACAAGCAUGGCGUCCAUCAGCAGACAAACGAAGAGCGUCUUCUUCUUCCUCCUCAUAACCGCCGCUCUCCCAGCAUGCACCGGGACCCCAGGAGGAGGAACGUUUGUGUCCCGACGUGAAGCCACCCGUUUCCUGCAGCGAACUCGAAGGGCCAACUCUUUCCUGGAGGAGCUGAGGAACGGAAACCUGGAGCGGGAAUGCUACGAGGAGAAAUGUUCCUACGAGGAGGCCAGAGAGAUCAUCCCGCAGGCGCAGCAGCUGGAGAACUUCUGGAGGACCUACACAGCGCCGAACCUCUGCCUGUCGUCUCCCUGUCAGAACGGGGCGACCUGCACUCGCCAUCUCAACACCUACACCUGUAAAUGUGCCGCCGGUUUCCACGGGUCCAAAUGUGACAAAGUCCGACCGACCUCAACUAGGUGUCGCUUUAGAAACGGCGGUUGCGAGCAUUUCUGCAGAGAGAAUCCGGAUCGCUCGCGGUUCUGUUUCUGCGCUCCGGGAUACGGUCUGGACCAGGACAACAGCACCUGUCUGCCCAAAGAGCCAGUCGUCUGUGGAAGACCGCUGGUCAAUUUUGCCCCCCGGGUUGUUAGAGGGCAGGCCUGCCCCAAAGGUUACUGUCCAUGGCAGGUUGCGUUGUACGAACACAACCGGUUCAGCUGCGGCGCCAUCAUCCUGUCCGACGUGUGGAUUCUAACUGCAGCGCACUGCGUCUGGCACAAACCUUCUGCCAUCCUCCACAUCUACGUAGGCAAACAUGACCUGGCGAGACCAGAGAAGACGGAGCAGCGUCAGCGAGUGCUGAACAUCACCAUCCACCCGGACUACGACCCCGUGACCACCGACAGCGACCUGGCCCUGCUGAAGCUGCACAGCCCGGUCAAACUGGGCCUCCAUGUCAUUCCCAUCUGCCUCCCGGCUCGGAACAGCACCUUCGCCUGGACGCUGUACAACGUCCGCCAGGCCACUGUGUCCGGAUGGGGCCGCCUGGUGGAGGCCGGCCCCAUCGCCCGCUACCUGCAGUGGCUGGUGCUGCCCAGGGUGCCGCUGCAGGAGUGCCGCCUCCACACCCAGCUCAACAUCACCAAGAACAUGUUCUGUGCGGGGCACAGGAAGGGCGGGCAGGACGCCUGCGAAGGCGACAGCGGCGGCCCGCUGGUGGCGAAGUACAGGAAGACCUGGUUUCUGACGGGCGUGGUGAGCUGGGGGAAGGGCUGCGCCAAGGAGAACAUGUACGGCGUCUACGCCAAAGUCACCAACUUCCUGGACUGGAUCGAAACUGUGAUGUCUACCGAUCCAACUGAACCAAAGAAGAGCGAUGGUAGCGUUCUGAUGAAAUCAACCAUGUUACUCAGGGUCUUCGUCAUCUUCGUCUUCAUCCUCCAGGACUCCCAGCCGGCUUCAGUCUUUCUGGAGCGACAGCAGGCCAACGGCGUCCUGGUCCGGACUCGCCGGUUCAACUCCGGCUGGUUUGAGGAGCUGAAAGUGGGAAAUCUGGAGAGGGAGUGUUUGGAGGAGAAAUGUAGCUUUGAGGAGGCCAGAGAGGUGUUUGAGCACGACGAGAUGACGAACGAGUUCUGGAAACGGUACUCCAUCCCUGACAGAUGUACGUUGGGUCCCUGUCAGAACGGAGGGACCUGCAUCAAUAACGACGAGUCCUACACCUGUUUAUGUCUUCCUCAGUUCAUGGGAAUCAACUGUGAGUUCGAGCAGCAGACGGAGUCGGACAGUUGUCUGCUGGAGAACGGAGCCUGUGAUCAUUUCUGCGAUGAAGACGCGUUUGGACGAAGGCUAACAUGUUCAUGUGCUGAUGGUUAUGAACUGGACACAGAUGGACGGAGCUGCAUCACUAAAGCACCAGUAGCGUGCGGCACGGUCCCCGUCCUACAGAAAGUAACCACAGACAUGCAUCUGCUGAGGAUUGUGGGGGGAACCGAAUGUCCGAAAGGUGAAUGUCCCUGGAUGGUUCUGCUGACGUAUAAAGGCAAAGGUUUCUGUGGAGGAGUGAUUUAUAAACCGACAUGGAUCCUCACAGCAUCUCACUGCCUGGAGAACACCAAACCGCAGUUCCUGAAAGUGGUUGCAGGUGAACACGACAUUUUGGUCAAUGAGUCCACUGAACAGGUCAUCCAAGUUGUCGAGAUCAUCAUGCACGAGAAUUACGUGACCAGUACCGUUGACAACGACAUCGGCCUCCUACGCUUAGCGUCUCCCAUAGUUUACUCGCCGUACGCGGUCCCGAUCUGCCUGCCGACUCGGCCGCUGGCUGAACGUGACCUCUGGGCGGUGGACCUGCACACGGUGAGCGGCUGGGGCAGGCGGGGCGAGAACGGGCCCACCUCCGACCGCCUCAGGCGUACCAAGGUGCCCCGCAUCAGGAAGCAGACCUGCAUGGAGCAGAGCGGCGUGCUGCUCACCGAGAACAUGUUCUGUGCCGGAUACUUGGACGGUCGGACGGACUCGUGUAAAGGCGACAGCGGCGGCCCGUUGGUGACGAAGUUCAAGAAGACGCACUUCCUGCUAGGGAUCGUCAGCUGGGGGAAAGGCUGCGCCCGACCAGGCAACUACGGCAUCUACACCCGAGUGUCCAACUACCUGGAGUGGAUCCAGAACCGAACAGCAACACCAGCGCAGAGUGGAAACACCACAGAAACUGUCCCUAGUUCUGCCACUGUAACUGUACAGUAAUAUGAAUCAUUUAUCCAAACAGAUGGAGAGUAAACUGAAAAAGUCACUUCCUUUCUACAGGUGCUACAUGCAAACCUAACUUAAAUUAACAGCAAUAAUAAAAUAGAGGUUGAAAUAUAUAUAAAGAAGCAAAAUAUUUGGCUCCCAGGUAACCAUUUAGUUAGCAAGCCAAAUAUUUAUUUUGUAAACUAGAUGUUUGCAUUUAGUUCUACAGUUAGCUUGCUAACUAUUUAACUACCAAAUUUUUUUAGGUUGUAUCCAAAUAUUUUGUUUGCUAAUUGAAUAUUUAAUUUGCCAACAAAAUAUUUGUUUAAUUUAAUGUUCAGUAAAUAUUUAGCUUGCUAAUUGAAUAUUUAGCUUAACAAAAAAAAAUUAGCUCACCAAUUAACAGGCUAAAUAAUUUGUUUGCCAACUAAAUAUUUUGAUUGCUAACUGAAUAUUUGGGUUGCUAAUUUAAAAUUUAGUUGGAAUCUGUGACAUUUGUACAUGUUUCGGUCCAAAAUGCCGUUUUUUUAGGGUUUGUUGUGUAGAAGGCUAAAAGUUUUUGUCAUUCAUUUGUUUAAAGGAGUUAAUAAAGAAAAUAUUCAAUUAUU